AUUGUAGCUCAGAGAGCAGUAGACAAUGUGAUGGCUACAGGAGCUAAGCCUCAUCAUGCCGAGGGAGGGCAGGACACAUCAAUGAAUACUUCACUUCCUCCUGAGGAGGGAGAGGAGAAUCCUGAGAAUUCACUGGCAGCUCAGACAGAGAUGUUAAACACAGUUACCCAGCUACUACAACAGACAUCACAGGGUUCAACAAGUCUGUCUGCCCAGCAACAACAGUUACAGCAGCUGCAACUUUUACAGCAACAGUUGAUACAACACACGCAGCUGAUGCAGCAGCCCACUCAGGGGACUCCUGUUAUAGAUAGCAACCUACUGUCUCACAUCCAGACCCUCACCAAUCAGCUCCUCAAGUCGGGGGAUAAACCCCCAGAACCAGGGUUCAACAGGAAACUGUUGGACUUUGAUUAUGGAGAGAGUGAUGAGGAAGAUUCAGGUCAGCAUAGCCAACCGUCACACAAUAUGCUGAAUGAGACACACAUGAUGCAGCAAAUCCAACAACUAUCCCAGACAAUCCAGAAAAACGAGGAACUGAACAGACAGAAAAUACUGCAGCAGCAACAAGCGGAGUUUGAUCAGCAGAUCGGGCAUAUGGGAGGUAUGCCUCCCCAAAUGCACAUGCAGCAUGACCCUCUUCAUCACCAGAUGGGACAUCAGAUGCCCUCAGCAUAUGGUCAUGUUGUUCCUCCGGAGCAGCCCCAGCAGAUCUUUCCCCCACAGGACAUCGAUGAGAGGCCCCACCUCCCCCCCGGACCCCCGCCAGAGGAGGAGGAGGAUCAGAGGGACCGCCGGGGGGACAGAGACAGGGAGGACAGGAGACACAGGAGGUCAAGGCUUGAACGAUCGAGGUCAAGGACACCAAAGAAAAGAAGAAGAUCCAGGUCAAGGUCAAGAGAUCGAAGAAGGAGGUCAAGGUCAAGAGACAGACAUAGGAGGUCCAGAUCCAGAGAUCGAGAUAGGGACAGACAACGGGAAAAGGAAAGGGAGAGGAGGAAAAAAGGCCUGCCACAAAUGAAGGACCAGUGUUUGUCAAUUUGCUCAACGACUUUGUUCAUUGGGAAGAUUUCCAAGACCACUUCAGAGGAUGAACUACGGACAGAACUGGAGAAAUUUGGAAGUGUGGAUUCUAUAAAUAUGAUUCCACCUCGAGGGUGUGCAUUUGUUUGCAUGACUCGCCGCAAGGAAGCCUCCAAAGCUGUGGACAGAAUGAAAGGCCUGCUAUUGAAUGGGAGUGAACUAAGGGUUGCCUGGGCCCCAGGUAUAGGAGUGAAAGAGUCGAUGUUCAAGGACAAGUGGGACGUGGAUAUGGGGGCGACCUACAUUCCCUGGAGUGACCUCCCGGAGGAUCUGUCCGGUCUGAUUGACGGAGGAAUCAUUGAUGAGGAUUCCCUGCCAGAAAAUCUGAAGGGAUUGACCCUGGGGAGGGAGAAGCCUGAUGCAUUAGAGGAGCCCCCACUUCCCCAGCCCUUAAUGAACAGCCAGAUGCCCCCUACCCAGGCCCCGCCCUUGCAGCCUGUCAACAUGCCCCCUGGGGGACCCCCACCAGGAACAAUGCCACCCCCUAUGCCUUCUGCAGGAGUUAUGCCACAGGGAAUGUUGCCAAGGAUGAACAUGAUGCCUCAGAUGGUCAUGCAGGGAGGUAUGCCUCCACCCCAGAUCUCGGGAAUGCCCCCUGCUGUCCCAUCAGCCCCCAUGUCAGUUAGCACAGGAAUUCCCCCACUCCCAGGUCAAGCUGGGAUGAUCCCUCUUCCUGCUGGAAUGCCACCUGGAGGAAUGCCUCAAGUUGUGCGGCAGCCUGCUUCAGUAGUUACCACUGGAAUACAAUUUACACAGAAUAUGCCUACCAUGGGAACCCAGCCAAUGCUAGCUGUUCAGCGUCCAGGUUUACCUCCAACAGCUACAUUUCAAAGGUUUCCCAUGCCCCCUCAGGGAUUUCUGAGACCUCCUCAGCCAAACUUUGAUCCUAUGAAGCCUGCAAUGCCAGGGUCAAACCGACUUCCAUUUGAUGGAGGUCAGGAACCCAAAGAUAAACCCCCCAUGCUUGGACAAGAGUGGCAGCAGAAACCUGACUUUGAUGCUGGUGAAAGUAUGGACUUAGAGGAGCCCGAGUCAAAACCUGGAAAGAAAUCGAGGUUUAGUGAUGCUACUCCCCCUGAUCCUUUUAGCAGUCAGGGUGGUCCCCCAGGGGGCCCAGGAAUGGGAAUGAUGGGGCAGAUGAGACCACUAAUGAGUGGAGGAAUGGGUCCCCCUGGUGGAAUGAGGGGACCCCGACCACUUAUGGAUGCAGGAGGGCCAAACAUGGGGCCUCGAGGCCCUCCGGAGGGACAAAAUAGAUUUAAUUCCCCCAACAUGAUGGGAGGCCCCCAGAGAGGUGGAUUUGGAGGUCCAGGUGGCCCACCAGGAUUCAGAGGUAACAGACCAUUUCAGCGAUUCCCCGGGCAAUUCAUGAGGCCUGGAUUUAGGGGACCUCCAGGGGAUAUGAUGAGGCCCCCAUUUGAAGGUCCUGGAGUUGAGGAAGGAAAUGAAAUGGACAAACCUAUAGAAGACCAAGAAAGUGAUCAUAAACGCAGGAAUUCAGGAGAUCGUUGGAGAGAUGACAGAGACGAUGAUCGGGAUAGCGGUGACUAUAGGGACUACAGACGAGACGACUGGAGGGGAGGGAGAGGGCGCGGCAGGGGACGAGAUUUUGGUGGUCGGGGAGGACGGCGAGACUUUGAUCGUCGAGACAGAAAUCGUGAUGAUAGAGGUGGUAGAGAUAGAGACUAUGAUAGAGACCGAGAUAGAAGGAAUAGAGAUAGAGGUGACAGCUACAGAGAUAGAGACGACGGUUAUAGAAAUAGAGAUGAUGGAUUCAGGGACCGGGAUCGCGGCAGAGAUAGAGACCGGGACAGGGACAGGGACAGAGAAGAUAGAGGAGAAUGGCACCAAAGGACGGAGGAGGAGAGAUCCAACAGUAGAAAGGAAGCUCUUGGGUGGGGGAGUGCUCUGGAGGAGAUGAUGAAGAAUGUGGUGAUCCCCCCACCCGGAGGCAAGAGUGAAAAUACAGACAAAGGUCCAGUAGAGGAGCCGGGUCCAUCACCUGCUGGCAUUCCUCCUCCUGAGGAAGGUGCAGGUGGUGCAGGGCCAAGCAAUGAACCAGAACCUGCAGCUCCUGUUGAAACCAUAACAUCUGUUGAACCUGUAGCACCUGUUGAACCCAUUGCACCUGUGGAACCUGUCUCUAAGAGUGUAAGUGUUAAUGGACCAGAAGUGACAAGUAAAAGUGUUCCAAAUGGUGAGGAAUCGUCCUCAGCCCCUGAAUCUGACACAGUGACAGAAAAAAAGGAAAAAGUUGCAGGAGAUUUAGAAGAGGGGGAGAUUGAGUGAUGUCAGUGUUAAUUAGGUCUCCGAGUUUUGUUUGGUCCAUUAUGCAGCAAGUGUGAGACAAGUUACAUCUGAUCUCCUUUGUGAUUGUGUGAAUUCUGAAUACUAGUGUUCAUUUGCAGUUCAUUAACACAUACAGUAAUUCUGUGAAGUCCUAUAGUUUAUGUAAAAAUUAUGGUUUGAUCUAUAACUGACUUAAAAUAGAAAAUUAAAAUAUGCAGAUCAAUAAAAAUGAAGAUGCUCUAUUGAAUGUACAACCAUUUAAGAACAUGUUAUAAAUUUAUUGUGGAGGAAAGUAUUUUGUCCACUUUUUUGUAUUCUGAAUAUAUGUUUAGUAUAUUCUUUAAGUUCCUAAUGUAUUAAUUUAAGAUGACAUUAAUUUCUGAGAAGAGUACCAAAAUAUACAGUGUUUGUAUUGAAUUAUUCCACAAUCUAUUGUUGAGUUUUCCACAUGUAAAUAUCCUCAUUUUUAUCUUGUUCACAAAAUUUUUAUAUGAUGUGGAGAAUUUUUUUACCAUGUUGAAUGUUUUUAUGAAAGUGGGAGAGGAAGAUAUAGCAUGUUUUUGUAAGGAAGUGUUUAAAUGAUGUGUGCUUAACAUGGUGGUUAUUUACAAACCACGAAAAAUAAAAAAACAACAAAUAUCUAUCCAUGGCUUUGUAGAAUUUUGUUAAGUUUUGCUUUUUCCCAAUUACCAAUUACCAAUUGCAGUAUCUUCAAAACUUUAGUUCAAGAAUAUUAAAACAAAUGAUGGAAUAUAAACAUGCAAAAAAUAAUGCUAAAGGGAAAAAAAUGAAUGAGAAGAAUUUUCAACUUCUGAGAGCAUGAAUGUUACAUCAAUUGGAUCCAGAUUUAUCAAUAUUUUAUAAAUGAUGGACUAAAAAUGUCUGUUGUGUGUUAAAUCAGAACUAAUCAGGUAACGUAAUUCUAUAGAAGAGGAAGGAGGACAAAAUCGACUGGAAACCUGGACCGGAAGUAGCUGGUGACGGAUGUUAACGGUUUGUACCGUGAACUUUUUGACAUUUAUAUAUUCUGUUGUGUAUUUUAUGUAGAUAACAUGUGAUAAGACAAAUUGUGUGUUUUUUGGAUGUAUUUGGACUUUUCAUUGUCAUCUGGAAAGUUAAGUUCUAAAUCAUUUCGCACGAAAUUAAAGAAAGGAAUCCUU